AUGGCGGCAAAGAGAGACUUUGAUGACGAGGAUGAGGAUCCCCAGCAGCAGCCGUUCUCAAGCUCGGCCAAACGUGCGAGACGCAACUUGUCUUCGAGCUUACCCCAGGACGACGAGCUCGAGUUUGAAGAUGACACUGAUGCUAUGGCCUACUUGCGCUCUGUAAGCCGGUACCAUUCCCCACCUUUAGUUGCCCCCAAGAUCGGCCCUCAGCUCCCUGCCACAUACCAGCGGAGCGGCGACGUCGAAUCUGAUGAAGAGGGCGAGGUCUCCGACUCCGAAGAUCGCUCGGCAUACGACACCGGCCUCGAUGAUCAAAGAGGAUAUUAUCAGGACGGUGCGUACACCGCUGCCCCAGAUGAGCCGGCAGACUACCUGUCCGAAGGCGAGUAUGGCGACGACGAGGACGAGGAUCCUGCCGUCGCCGCCACCGCCGCUUACUUGGCUUCCAGCGCGACCUUUACACUCUGGAAUAGGCGCAUCGAGGAGACGGACCCGCUGCCUGCCCAGGUCGCUGCCAUGGAUAAGGAUGCGGUGUUGCGCGUCCUUCGCAUCAUCAUGGGCGGCCGGUUCCUCCGCGUGGGGCGCGGAGUAUCAGAACGGACAAGUCGUUGGUUGUGGGCACUGCUCGCAGCGCUACCGCCCGCAGGCGAGCUAUCGCACACCGACGUCGCGUGGGUGCGCGAUCUGGGCCGCAGGGCGGUACUCCUCGGGAGGAGCAUCGCCGAGAUGGCCGUCCUGAGGGAGGAGGUUGCCGACGGCGGCGGGGAUCUAGGUCUGCACGAUGCGGUGGACGAUAGUGGUGAGGACGGGGGUGUCGCGAAAGAUUUUGAAGAUGAGGGCGAGCACAUCGAAGGCGAUCCCAGUUUAGGGGAUCAGGCGAACGAACCGCCUAGUGAGGACCUCGCCGGUAACGCGAGAGAUGAUGGAGCAGAACCUGAGGUGAGCGACCAAGAAGAAGGCGAGGCCUCAGAAGCUGAAGAGGAUGCCCCCAUGGACCUCGAUUCAGAUGCCGAGGACGCAGAUGACCUCGAGGCAGCCAAGGCGCGCCUGCUGGCUCGUCUGGACAACCCCGGCUCGCGUGACGCCGGCGUUGACGAUGACGAUGACGAUGACGAUGACGAUGACGGCGAUGACGGCGAUAUGCGCGAAAGCGACGACGCCGUGCGGGCGAGGGCCAACCUGCGCGUCACCGUCAAUAUGAUCCUCACCGUUGCCGGCGAGUUUUAUGGCCAGCGUGACCUACUAGAGUUUAGGGACCCUUUUGCAGGUAUGUGA